AUAUCACAUACGGAAACGGCUAUGUCUGUUGUAGUUGUAGUUUAGUCAAACAACUAUGACACGAAUGUUAAUUUUGUUUACAGUUUUAAAGACAUUUAAAUAAUUAGGAAUGCCUAAAGUUGUAUCAAAGAGUGUCGUGUGCACCGACACAAAAGACCAAGAAGAGUAUCAGGGGGAAAAGCCAUUAUAUGUUUAUUAUUGCUUAUGCGGUCAGAUGUCAUUGAUUCUUGGUGAGUUAAAAAUUAAAAUUACUUGUUAAUUAAUUUUUUUUUAACUGACCACUGAACUACAUUAGAACUCCGAAAUAAAGCAAGGUCGGAUAAUCUACAAAUUGAUUUUUAAAAAAAGGUCAAAUUCCGCAAUUCGCACCACAAAUGAGUUGAUGUGUACCACAAUGAGUUGCUGUGUAUUGUAGGCUUCUCUCCAUUUUCUUUAUUAUUGGAUCGUUACUAGAAUUAAAUUUUCUUUAAACUUUAAUGUGACAUGUAAUUUUUUAAAAUAAAAUUUUAUUGGUUGGUUAAUUAUAAUACUUCUAUUUUAUGGCCCUUUAGAAAAUGGGUUCUCAGUAUUUUAUUGUGUUGAUUUUCUGAAAACUUUUGGAUUUUCUUUUUGGUGGGACCUGAAAAAAUGUGUGUAAAGAUGUAUUCUAAGAACCUGUAAGUAGGGUUCUCAUUAUUUUAAAAUUAUUUUUUUUCUGAAUUUUUACACUUUCUUACCAUAGUAGCCACACAUGUGCUAUGGUUGAGGGAAGAGAGCAUGUACUGUACCGGCUGAAAUUACAGCAGGAAAGGGAGCAAUUGCAGGUCAUUGAGACUUCUUGCUGCAUGUCCAGAGGGAUACAAUAAAGUAGCUUCAUGCACCACAAAAUUUACCAGCUUAUUCUCUCCAUUUCCCCCCCCCCUAACCCUAACCAUAACCCCCAAUUUUAUCAGUGUGUUUUUUUAAAUGGCCAUAACCUGGUCAUGGCAAACAAGAUGGCGGCCAUGGAAAAUAAGUGGCGCGGAUUGUGUUUUUUUACCUGAAAAAAUCCUGACAAUCAUUAAACUUAUUGUGAUUAAGUGAUGAAUAAACAAAGAUUCAAUAUUAAAAUUGAUUUGUGACCUAUUUGCAGAUUGUCCCCUUGAGAAACUUCCAUUGCGUAAACGAGAUCGAGCACGAGUCAUUGAUAGCCAGAAGCAUGCUCACAAACUGACCUGUGACCCUGAUGAGAUUGUUUAUAUCAAGAGGUAUACUCGCUACUUUUCCUCUGAAUUUUAUGGAACAAAAAAGCAUCAUAAGCACAGAAGAUGAAAGCCUUUUUCAAACAUUAAUGUCAUGAAACAACUAAUAAUUACUUAAUUCUUAAGUGUGAGAAGUGUGAUAGAUUUUUUUUUUUUUUUUAAUUUUUGCAUGGUGUAAUAAUUUCCAAACAAAUUUAUUUGAGCACAAAUUUUAAGCAAAAGUUAUUAAAAUAAACUUUUAGCUUCCCUAUGUUAACAACUCUUAAACCUUAUUUGUUACAGGCAGGAGGGCUUGGAGAAACAAUACAGACAGAAGUGCAAGAGGUACGCCUGUAAAGGAAGUUCCCUUUUUUCAAUGGAUCUCAAAGUCAUAGAGACUUACCCAGUGUUUCAUGAAGUCAUUUCAACAUAGAAUAGCUAAAUGUGCUUGUGUUCAGCUUUCAUGGACUGCUGUACUGUUCUUUGCUUUUUUUUUUUUCUUUUUAAAGAUGUUAUUAACGUUGUGCCUGUCUUUCUAUUGUAGAUAAGUUUCCAAGUGAUCAAAUUUGAUGUAUUUUCUCUAGAUGCGGGCUGCUAUUGUACUACCAUCACCAAGGCAACAGUUCGGUUAUGUUCGUCUUUGAUGGGGCGCUCAAGCGAGAGAGUGAAGGAAUAAAGACUGAUGUGUACAGUCAGUUGAGUGAACCAAAGAAGGUGAUUUAGUCUUAUAUUCCAUCUGUCGACUUAGAUCUGUAUACCCAGAAGAAUUAAUGACUAUCAAAUCACAAACAUAAACAUAAUAUUUUAGUUUUGCCUAAAGAAUAACCACCACAAUCUACCCUUUUCACUUGCUAGUUUAUCAUUCUAGUUUGACAUAUCCAAAUAGAAUAUCUACUAUGAUCCACAAUAGUCACUUGUUAUUUUAUCAUAUCCAAAUAGAAUAUACAGUAUGAUCCACAAUAGUCACUUGUUAUUUUAUCAUAUCCAAUUAGAAUAUACACUAUGAUCCACCAUUGUCACUUUUGGUUUAUCAUUCCAGGGGACCCUGACAUAUGCAAAUAGAAUAUCCACUAAGAUCCACAAUUUUAUUUUGUAGUUUAUCAUUCCAGGUAACCUUGACAUUUCCUAAUAGAAUAUCCACUAUGAUCCACAAAUGUUACUUCCUAGUUUAUCAUUCCAGGUGACGCUGACAAAACACACAAAGAACAUGGGUAAAUUCAGCUCUGUCACUGUGUCCACAGUAGAUGAAGAGGAGGAAGAACUGGAAGCUGUGAGUACAAAUCUUAUCAUACCUUCAAACCUUUUUGUUUUGUUUUUUGAAAUGAUCAAUAGCAAUUUUUAUUCAAAUAGCAAUUUUAAUUAACCAUAUAUAGCCUACCUAUAAGCAUCAAUUUGAGCAGAGAGUAUUUUAUUUCACCAUAUUUAAACAUCAAUUUGGGUAGAGAGUAUUUCAAUUAACCACAUAUAAACAUCAAUUUUGGCAGAGUAUUUUAAUUAAACAUUUAUAGAAACAUCAAUUGGAGCAGAGAGUAUUUUAAUUAACUGUAUAUAAACAUCAAUUUGAGCAGAAUUCCAGGAAGGGAUUUGUAAAAACGUUUCCCCACCUAUGAAAAAGAAAUGUAUACAAACCAAUAUAGCACAUUAUGGGGAUAUCCUUCUGAUCUUUCAAAAGUUCCAUUGUUUUACAAUCCAAUCAUGUAGAAAGUAAUAUUUUUUAAUCUGGAUCAAAUAACUUAUAAAUAAGGCCGAUCCGUACACUUAACAUACACACACACAAUAAUAUUUUUUUAACAUAUCACUUCCCGAAUUUUUUUAAAAACCAGAUGCAUAUGUGAAAAUAAACAACCAUUUCAUAAAUCCUAUGUCAUAUGCUUCAGGGGUUCAUUUAGACAACUUUUGUAUUUGACCAGAUUGUUAUUUACAAGUUGUGCCCCAAACAACUAUAAAUCACUUCAUUUAAUGUAUAACUAGUUACACUCAAUUUUAAGGUUAUUGAUAGCAAGAAGUUUCUUGGAUAAUUUUUUCUUACUAUAUCCUAAGCUAAUAAUUUAUAACCUAGUAAUAGUUAGAAAAAUAUACCUCCUGAUGUAUAUACCUGGAAUGCAUAACAAAGGGUGUAAGCAUUAUAAGCUGCUGUUGAUUUUAAUAUUCCCUAUGUGAUUAUUUAUUCAUCACCCUGUCCGUACUUCAUUGCAGAAAGAGAUAGCUGAUUCUUAUGCAGCAAAUGCCAAGGUUAUUGAGAAGCAACUAUUGAGGAAAGGCAUGUCUAAGAGGAAGCUCAUGGAACAGGUAAGGAAGACUUUUGAUGGCAGGAAUACAUUGCGUGUGUGACGGACACAUAGCCCGUCAAACUCAUUUCAACUGUCAGAAGCUUAUAUUUUGAACGGUGUUCAGUUUAUAUUUAUAUGUAACAUAUUAACAAGCUGGACAUUGUUCACCUGGGCCAUAAUAAAAUUUCAUCUGAGUGAGAUUAUAUAAUAAUGAAACAGUUCAUUCAUAAUUCACAUAAUAAAGUCUAACAGAAGUAUAGAAAACUAUAUACAAGAUUUUCAACUUGGAUUGCGUGUCUAGUUUAUAAAUAGAUAUGUGCUUAUUUCAAUUUAUUGUUUAAUGUGGUCACCGCUCCUUACUUCAAGUAAAUAUAUAUAUAUAUAUAUAUAUAUGUAUAUGUAUAUAUAUCAUAAAUCCAGAGUUUAAACCAAAAUAAAUUUCAUAAAAAUAAUUGACUCAUGAGAUGAUAGUAUGGCAGUCAAGUUUUGCCUUUGAUAAAUGUAUCUCUUUGAAAGAUGUCAAGUAGUUUGUUGAAUUUAUCAUUGAAAAUGAAAUAACUUGGUAUAUGGUAUAAGAACUUUUUAAAUAUCUGUUGUACUGGUUAGUGUUAUGUUGGAUAUAUCCGGAAUCAUAGAAGUUACUGUAGAUUGAUGGGCUAAUUAUAGUGUAAUGUUGGAUAAGUCUGGAUCAUAGAAGUUACUGUAGAUUGAUGGGCUAAUUAUAGUGUUAUGUUGGAUAAGUCUGGAUCAUUGAAGUUACUGUACAGUUUUGGGCUAAUUAUAGUGUUAUGUUGGAUAAGUCGGGAUCAUAGAAGUUACUCUACAGUGUUUAUGUUUAUUUCUAUCCAGGCUGAAGAAGAGGCGAAAAAGAUGCGACCAAAGGGAACGUUGAUUGACAAGUGAUGCAGAGGAAAAGUGAUCUAAGUUUGGACACUUGAUUAAUGAGAGAGAGUGGCAGAGUGAUACAAGGAAUAGGGAUUAGACACUGAUAUUUAAACCUUUGUGUGUGUUUGUGUGGUGAUAAGUUGUUAAUGGACAUGCUGACAGUAAAACCAAAAAAAAAUGCUUGAAUGAGCUAUGAAAGAGGGUCAGGCUGCAGGGUGGGAGUAUUGUGUGGUUGUGUCUGAGAUGUGUUUGAGUUACACAUUUCAAGAACAUUUUGUAGAUACAUCAUUUACAUUGUUUGAUUACAUUGAGUAAUAAAUUCAAUUAUGUCAUUA